CACACACACACACACAAGCAUAACUCUGGGCGGACUCGGUCCCAGCAACAUGUACCCAGUGUGCCGGACACACGCUGCCGGUUUCUCCCGGCUCUGGACGAUGUCUGCACGCCGGGCAAGAGCGAAGCGCCUCUUCGGCUGGAUACUAUUGCUAUUUUCGGCUACCCAGCGGACGGCGGCUCAAGAUGAUGUCCCGCCAUACUUCAAGACAGAGCCGGUGCGGAGUCAGCUGCACCUGGAAGGGAACCGGCUGGUGCUCACCUGCAUGGCAGAAGGCAGCUGGCCCCUGGAGUUCAAGUGGAUCCACAACGAGACAGAGCUGACCCGCUUCUCGCUGGAGUACAGGUACCUGAUCCCCUCUCUGGACCGGUCCCACGCAGGUUUCUACCGCUGCAUCGUCCGGAACCGUGUUGGUGCACUCCUGCAGAGGAAGACAGAGGUGCAAGUGGCCUUCAUGGGCACCUUCGAGGAAGGCGAGCGGUCCCAGGCGGUGUCGCAGGGGGACGGGGCCAUGAUCCCAGCCCCACGGAUACGCAGCUUCCCUCAGCCACAGGUCACGUGGUUCCGAGACGGACGCAAGAUCCCGCCCAGCAGUCGCAUCGCCAUCACCCUGGACAACACCCUGGUGAUCCUGUCGACCGUGGCCCCAGAUGCCGGCCACUACUACGUGCAAGCGGUCAAUGACAAGAAUGGGGAGAACAAGACAAGCCAGCUGAUCACACUGUUCGUCGACAAUGUGGGGGGGCCCGCAGAUCCCAUCGCCCCCACCAUCAUCAUUCCUCCCCGGAACACCAGCGUCGUGUCCGGGACUUCAGAGGUGACCAUGGAGUGUGUGGCCAAUGCCAGGCCGCUCAUCAAGCUCAGCAUCACCUGGAAGAAGGAUGGCACCUUGAUCAGCAGCGGCCUGAGCGACUUCAACCGCAGACUGACCAUCAUCGCCCCUGUCGUCAGCGACUCUGGCUUCUAUGAGUGUGAGGCAGUGCUCCGCAGCAGCAGUGUGCCGUCGGUCAGCUCCGGGGCCUACCUCCACGUGCAGGAGCCGCCGCAGUUCAUGAAGGAGCCAGAAAGGCACAUCACUGCGGAGAUGGAGAAGGUGGUGGACAUCCCGUGCCAGGCGAGAGGUGUCCCGCAGCCUGAAAUCGCUUGGUACAAAGACGCCGCGCCCAUCAGCCCCGUGAAGACGCCCAGGUACCGGGUGCUGGCGGGGGGCAGCCUGCAGGUCAACGGCCUUCUUCCGGAUGACACCGGAAUGUUCCAGUGCUUUGCUCGCAACCCUGCCGGGGAGGUCCAGACCAACACGUACCUGGCAGUCACCAGCAUAGCCCCCAACAUCACGGCAGGACCCUCGGACAGCACGGUCAUCGAUGGCAUGUCUGUCAUCCUGCACUGCGAGACCUCUGGAGCCCCGCGCCCCGCUAUCACCUGGCAGAAAGGCGAACGUGUCUUGGCCAGUGGCUCGGUCCAGCUGCCUCGCUUCACACUGCUUGAGUCUGGGAGCCUCCUCAUAAGCCCCGCCCACAUCUCGGAUGCCGGUACCUACACCUGCAUGGCCAGCAACUCCCGCGGCAUUGACGAAGCCUCUGCUGACCUGGUGGUCUGGGCUCGAACCCGCAUCACCAGCCCGCCUCAGGACCAGAGUGUGAUCAAAGGCACAAAGGCCACCAUGACCUGCGGGGUGACCCAUGACCCCAGCGUUACCAUCAGGUACGUGUGGGAGAAAGAGGGUAUCGUCAUCAGCACUCAGUCCACGCCAAGGGUUCGCCUGGAGCUGGACGGGACACUGCAUAUCUCACAGACAUGGUCUGGGGACAUCGGCACCUACACCUGCCGAGUCACCUCUGUUGGGGGCAACGAUUCACGCAGUGCUCACCUUCGGGUCAGGCAGUUACCCCACGCUCCAGAGAACCCGGCUGCCCAGCUGAGCUUGACCGAGAAGAGGGCCAUCAACCUGACUUGGGCUAAGCCCUUCGACGGGAAUAGCCCUCUGAUCAGAUACAUCCUGGAGGUGUCAGAAAACAAUGCCCCAUGGACUGUGCUCCUGGCCAACAUUGAACCUGAGUCCACUGCUGUGACGGUCAGCGGCCUCAUUCCUGCCCGCUCCUACCAGUUCCGCCUAUGUGCAGUGAAUGACGUGGGGAAGGGUCAGUUCAGCAAGGAGACAGACAGGGUGACCCUCCCAGAGGAGCCGCCCAGCGCCCCGCCCCAGAACGUCAUCGCCAGCGGACGCACCAACCAGUCCAUCAUGAUCCAGUGGCAGCCGCCACCCGAGAGUCACCAGAAUGGCAUCUUGCGGGGGUACAUUAUCCGGUACUGUCUGGCCGGGCUGCCCGUGGGCUACCAGUUCAAGAACAUAACCCAUCCGGAUGUGACCAACCUGCUGCUGGAGGACCUCAUCAUCUGGACCAACUACGAGAUCGAGGUGGCGGCCUACAAUGGGGCGGGGCUGGGCACUUUCAGCCACAAGGUGACGGAGUGGACCCUGCAGGGAGUGCCUACCAUCGCCCCCGGCAACGUGCAAGCAGAGGCUGUCAACUCCACCACCAUCCGCUUCACCUGGUCCGCCCCCAGCCCCCAGUUCAUUAAUGGUAUUAACCAGGGCUACAAGCUGUUGGCAUGGGAACCAGGCCAAGAGGAGGAAGUUACCGUGGUUACAGUACGGCCCAACUUCCAGGACAGUGUACACGUGGGCUACAUCAUGGGGCUCAAGAAGUUCACAGAGUACUUCACGUCUGUGCUGUGCUUCACCACACCGGGGGACGGACCCCGCAGUCCGCCAAAGGGGCUGCGUACCCACGAGGACACCCCUGGUCCUGUGGGCCACCUGAGCUUCACUGAGAUCCUAGACACCUCCCUGAAGGUCAGCUGGAGGGAGCCUCACGAGAAGAAUGGCAUCCUCACAGGUUACCGUAUCUCCUGGGAGGAGUACAACCGCACCAACACGCGAGUCACGCACUACCUCCCCAACGUCACGCUGGAGUACCGUGUCACAGGCCUCACCGCCCUCACCACCUACACCAUCGAGGUGGCCGGCAUGACCUCCAAGGGCCAGGGUCAGCUGUCUUCCUCCACCAUCUCCUCAGGCGUGCCCCCAGAGCUCCCUGGGCCCCCCACUAACUUGGCCAUCUCCAACAUCGGCCCUCGGUCCAUCACGCUGCAGUUCAAGCCAGGUUACGAUGGCAAGACCUCCAUCUCUCGCUGGCAGAUGGAGGCCCAGGUCAGCAUCAUUGGUGAGAAUGAGGAUUGGGUCAUGAUACAUCAGGUGCCCAAUGAACCCGACGCCCGCAGCUUGGAGGUGCCGGGACUGAACCCCUACACCUUCUACAGGUUUCGAAUGCGCCAGGUUAACAUUGUAGGCACCAGCCCCCCCAGCCAGCCAUCCCGGAAGAUCCAGACCCUGCAGGCCCCCCCUGACAUGGCCCCUGUCAAUGUGACCCUGCGCACAGCCAGCGAGACCAGCCUGUGGCUGCGCUGGGUGCCCCUUCCAGAGUGGGAGUACAACGGGAACCCAGAGUUGGUGGGAUAUCGGAUCCAGUACUCCCGAACCCGGCCGCAGGCCCGGGCGCUGACCCACGUCAUCACCGACCGCCUGGAACGCGAAUUCACCAUCGAGGACCUGGAAGAGUGGACCGAGUACGAGGUCCGGGUGCAGGCUGUGAACGGCAUCGGGGCUGGGCCAUGGAGCCAGCCUGUCCGGGGGAGGACGCGGGAGUCAGUGCCUUCCUGUGGACCCACCAACGUCUCCGCCUUUGCCACCACCUCUAGCAGUAUCCUAGUCCGCUGGUUUGAAGUGCCUGAACCAGACCGUAAUGGCCUCAUCCUGGGGUACAAGGUGGUGUACAAAGAGAAAGACUCAGAUGUGUCGCCGCAGUUCUGGAUGGUUGAGGGCAACACCACCCACAGCGUCCAGCUAAGCGGGCUGGGCAAGUACGUCCUGUAUGAGAUCCAGGUGCUGGCCUUCACCCGCAUCGGCGAUGGGGCGUCCAGUGCCCCCCCCAUCCUGGAGAGGACCCUCGAUGAUGUCCCGGGACCCCCAGUGGGCAUCCUGUUCCCCGAAGUCCGGACCAACUCGGUCCGACUUAUCUGGCAGAGCCCCGCCCAGCCCAACGGCAUCAUCCUGGCCUAUCAGAUCACAUACCGCCUGAACUCCACCAACAGCAACACAGCGACAGUGGAUGUGCUGAACCCCAGCGCGCGGCAGUACACUGUGCUGGGUCUGAAGCCGGAGUCAGUCUAUGUGUUCCGCAUCACGGCGCAGACACGCAAGGGCUGGGGGGAGGCGGCUGAGGCCCUGGUAGUCACCACUGAGAAGAGAGCCCGACCCCAGCCCACCAGCCGUCCCACGGUGCAACAGGAGGAUGUGCAGGCACGCAGCGUCCUAUUGUCAUGGGAACCGGGCAGCGAUGGGCUCUCCCCAGUGCGCUACUACACGAUCCAGUGCCGGGAGCUUCCGGAUAGCAACUGGACAGUGCACUCGGCCUCUGUCAGCCACGAGGCCAGCUCCUACGUCGUGGACAGACUCAAGCCUUUCACCUCCUAUCAGUUCCGGGUGAAGGCCACUAAUGACAUCGGGGACAGCGAGUACAGCGAGGAGAGCGAGGCCAUCACUACCCUGCAGGACGCCCCAGAUGAGGCUCCCGUGAUCCUCUCAGUCACCCCGCACACCACCACCUCAGUGCUGAUCCGGUGGCAGCCCCCCCCAGAGGAGCAGAUAAACGGGAUCCUGCUGGGAUUUCGGGUGUGGUAUAGAGAGCUGCUGUAUGACCGACUACGCAGCUUCUCCGAACGCUCUGUCGACAGCCCCUCGGCCCCCUGGACCGAGCUGACUUCCCCCUACAGCAUAUGCAACCUGAGUGAUACAUCUCUCACUCAGCAUGAGCUGGACAACCUCAGCAAGCACAAGAGAUAUGAGAUCCGGCUGAGUGUGUACAACGCCGUGGGGGAUGGGCCCACCAGCACACCCCAUGAGGUCUUUGUGGGAGAGGCAGUCCCUACGGCCCCACCCCAAAAGGUUGCCAUUCAAUCAGCAACAGCCACCCAGCUUGACGUGACGUGGGAGCCCCCUCCUCUGGAAACUCAGAAUGGGGACAUUCAGGGCUAUAAGAUCUAUUUCUGGGAGUUCCAGCGGCAAAACGAGACGGAACGUAUGCGCACCCUUUUCCUGCCAGAGGGGGGCGCCAAGCUGAAGAACCUGACAGGAUACACCACGUACAUGAUCAGUGUGGCGGCCUUCAAUGCGGCCGGUGACGGUCCUCGCAGCCCCCCCACAAGGGGGCGCACCCAGCAGGCAGCCCCCAGUGCUCCCAGCUUCAUCCACUUCAGUGAGCUCACCACCACCUCCGUCAACGUGUCCUGGGGGGAGCCACUGUAUCCUAACGGCAUCAUUGAAGGGUACCGUCUGGUCUACGAGCCCUGCACACCUGUGGAUGGCAUCAGUAAGAUUGUGACAGUGGAUGUGAAGGGUGGUGCCCCCUUCUGGAUGAAAAUCAAAGACCUGGCCGAUGGCGUCACCUACAACUUCCGCAUCAGGGCCAAGACCUUCACGUAUGGCCCUGAGGUGGAGGCCAACAUCACCACCGGUCCUGGAGAAGGGGCCCCUGGUCCUCCUGGAGACCCCUUCAUAUCACGCUACGGUACGGCCCUCACGAUUCACUGGACCAGCGGGGAUCCUGGAAGGGCGCCCAUCACACGCUACGUCAUUGAGGCCAGGCCUUCGGACGAGGGACUCUGGGACAUCCUGAUCAAGGACAUCCCCAAGGAAGUGACAUCAUAUACUUUCAGCAUGGACAUCCUGAAGCAAGGAGUCAGCUACGACUUCCGGGUCAUCGGCGUGAACGACUACGGCUAUGGGUCCCCCAGCCCCCCAUCACCAUCCAUAUCAGCACAAAAGGUGGCACCCUUCUAUGAAGAGUGGUGGUUUCUGGUCGUGGUGGCCCUGGUGGGACUUAUCUUCAUCCUCCUGCUAGUGUUCAUCCUCAUCAUCCGAGGACAGAGCAAGAAGUACGCCAAGAAGUCAGACUCAGGGAACAACUCCAACUGCAAUGCGCUGACACACGGUGAGAUGGUGAGCCUGGAUGAGGGCCGUUUCCCUGCCCUGGAGCUCAACAACCGCAGGCUGUCCGUCAAGAACUCCUUCUGCCGCAAGAACGGCAUCUACACCCGGUCGCCACCCCGGCCCAGCCCAGGAAGCCUCCACUACUCAGACGAGGACGUCAGUACCAAGUACAAUGACCUGAUCCCAGCUGAGAGCAGCAGCCUGACCGAGAAGCCUUCCGAGAUCUCUGACUCGCAGGAGGCGCUCAUGUUCUCAUAUAAAAGUAGUGGUCUUCGUGUUCAGCCGCUUCAUUUGGGCAGCGACAGUGAGUACGAAGUGGACCAGAACCGGCAGAAGACUCACUCCUUCGUCAACCACUACAUCAGCGACCCCACCUACUACAACUCCUGGCGGCGUCAGCAGAAGGGCAUCUCCCGGGCCCAGGCCUAUAGCUACACGGAGUCCGACUCGGGGGAUGCUGAGCACGGCGCUGCACCCCCACCCCUGCCCCCGCUCCCCCCACUGCCGCCCCAGCUGAACACCACGCCCCAGGCUAUGGGUCAGGCCCAGGCCCAGGCCCAGGCCCAGGGCAGCCUUUUCAGGCCCAAAGGUAGCCGGACUCCCACCCCGUCACAGCAGACCUCCAAUCCCCCAAGCCAGCACAGCACCCUCUACAGGCCCCCCAGCAGCCUGGCACCUGGCUCACGAGCCCCCAUCGGGGGAUUCUCCUCCUUCGUUUGACGUGGGGAAUAAAAUCAGACGACAGCAAAGACUCUGAACAAAGACAAAACACAGACGAAUCAGUGUUUCACAGAGAUUCCUGCAUCGUCGACUUUCCUUUGUUCUCUUUUCAGAUUCCCUGAUGCCGGAAGUUUUCUGUGUUUAUUAAGCGGUUUUUGUUUGUUUGUUUGUUUUUGCAUGUGCGUGUGCUGGCGUGGACCCGUGUGUUCUGACACGUCUGUCUGCUUGGUUUUCACUUUUUUUGGGGGGGGGUGAGUUGCAUGUUUUAUUUUUUUUUCCUGCAGCUUUUUAAUUUUAUGUUAAAUGUUCUUCAUCAAUCCAAAAACCACGGGAGUCUGUAAACGGAAACCUGUCACAACGGAAAAUGCAAUCAAAGGACAUUCGGUGCGGCAUUCAGGCAGGUGACGUCACCAGAGGAUAGAGAUGAGGGACGACGGCGGUGAGGAAGGGGAACAGAAGAGAGAGGCGAAGCCUGAAGACUGGAUGUUGUCUGGAAGGAUCCCUGAGAUUGAUGCCAGGGGUCAGAAGUCACAGGUACACAGUGAAGUCAGAGAAAGUGGAGGUUUUAAGGGUAAAGCGGUGACAGACUGGAAACAGGAACAUUCCGGAUACUCCUGACUCAUCAGACACAGCAGCAAGGCUCUCUCCCUGUUCACAUCCUAAUAAUAUGGGUGUGAAUGUACGUGAAUCAGACCCUGUAAUGUCCCCGGUGAAAUUACACACCUUAUACAUGUUUGUAAGUCACUUCCUGUGUGAAAAAUACAAAACGCGCAUUUACUGGCUGAAGUUUGGGUCCGUUUGAACCUCGUGCCCAGAUCUCCUGUGUAUUUCCGCUGCAGGGUGACUGAAGCGAAGGUAUUAUCUGGGAUCAGGGUAGAAGGCCGUGUGGCACAGAUUUACCGCCCGCUGUUGCUAUCGAUGACACCAUCUCUGUGCCAGCACCAGCCAGUGACAUCAUGGGCAGUGUCAGUCAACAUUCCCACUGAAAGAUAGGUAAACUCCCGGCCUUGUUAAACCUGAUUUAUGGAGGCCUAACCAGUGCUGUCUGAGCACGCUGAGCGAAAUGCGGUGGGAGACAACAGGAAACCACAAACAGGAAGUGGUAAGGUCCCAUGCUUCAGUGCGUGACUGACCCUCAAGGAGGACGUCAUGUGAAAAGCGUAGCUUGGAGCAUGUUCUCCCGCAUGAGCUGCGUGACGAUGGCCCUCGGGGGUCUGUGGCCAUGGCAGCCUGUUUGCAAAGCACCAUGGGAGAUAGGUGAUAAGCGGGGCUGGCUGAGGCUUCUCCCCUAUGUGUCACAAGCCUACAUCUCAAUGAUUUAUGGCCAAAAUACCAUCUACUUUUCUUUCAGACAAACACCCACAGCACAGAAGCGUGUCUUCUAGACAGUAUAAAAAUACAACAAUAAUAUGAGCACGUUGAAUAAUUUUUAGCGCUGAGGGCUUUGCGUCGGACUGUAGCUUGGAAGGUGGGGGGGUGCAUUUAGAAUGCGGCCUGGAGGUCACAUUGCAGUAACCAUGGAAACGCGCAGUCAGGGCUAUAGCGGUAAACAGGUAUGCACUAAAGGGGCCUGUUUGCCUGGGAGAACCUGAAAGACGGCAUCUGCAGAGGAUGAAAGGGCCGCAGGCCUGAGUCACGAGAGCAAAAUUAUCUCAUUAUGCUUGGAGGCUUCGUAAAAUGAACUCUUUGGCUGGUUUCUGUACCGUAGCAGUGAGCCAGUCCACAGACACAACGUCAUUUGGACAGUUAGUCUCAGAAGCGGGGGGGGAGGUACAGGAGGAAGGAGGCUGAUCCAGGAAUAUAGGCUGCUGUCCCAGGGAGUGUAAUCAUUUGAUGGCUAGGUGCCCGCUUGGCAGAGGGCGUAGGAUGGGGUCAUGCCUAAAUUGUGACGGGGGGGUACUAUGAUCAUCAAUGUUUGAAAAGGGACACUCAGAACCUCAAAAGGGACUCAAUCCAGAUAAAUUAAUAAUAAUAAUAAUAAUAAUAAUAAUAAUGGACACAUUUACAAUAAAUUCUUAUUACACGUUGAUAUGACUAAUGCAAGCCAUAUUUUCAGGUAUAACAUUAUAAUAUAAUUACAUUUUAUUAAACUUAUUAUGUUCGAAUAGCAUUUUCAUCUGACAAGUGGGGGGUGCCUUCCUUACUCUCCUGGGAAAAAUCUCCUAUGGCCGGGAAAGUGGGCAGCAUGCAGUAUGACACAGAAGGCCGAAUCUCAGACUGGCAGCCUUAAGUGACUGUCAGAUUCCCCGAGCAGGUGGUCAGGACCGGGAAGCAGCCAUCAGACUGUGGCACGGAAGAGCUCGGUGCAGAUGCCGAUCAGCAGCUUAUGACACGCGGUGUCGUCGAGUCUAGGGCUGUCCGGCUGACUCCCAGCCUGUCACACAUGUGGGCUCUACAUCUGUGUCCAUCUUCUUCUACUCUCUAGGAAGGUGGGCUUUGCUGUCCGUCAGCCUGUAGCUGGAUUCAUGCAGGGGGCAGGGCAGGGGCCCAGGCCACGCACUUGACUGCCCUGCUGUCUUUCCGGGACUCUGUGGAAACCAGUGACCUUGUCAACUGGUGUGACAACAACGCGAACCACAUGACCUUGCGCAUUAGGCCCGGAGGCCAGGCAGGCUGCUAUAGGAGCAUAUAAACACACAGGCUGUACAUGCGUCUUACAGGCAGGUGAGGGGCCCAGGCAGGACCCCUGCUAGGGGGUUCUGAGGCCCGUCCCAAAGGCCGAGGUUGCCCGCGACACCCCCGACAGGACAGAGACGCAGCUUCUGAGUCACAAAUCACUCGUAAUGCGUCACACGCAUUCCAUGCCAUUUCUGCUACCCUUUCCCCUGCCCAUUCUGUCUGAGGAUGUAGGAGGAGUUAAAUGUUCGAGUACAAGGGGAAUGUAUGACCUAAAAGAAACCGUGAAAUGCAGCAUUACACCUUAGCCCCGCCUCCAUUUCCAGCAAGCACUGCAUUCGGUAGCACUGCCAUCAUCAGUGAUGCUCAAGAAGAGCCUAAAAGACCAUAGGAAGAAAACAAUGAAUAUGGAAACAAAAAUAGCCAUUUCUGUCACAGGCUAUUUCUGCUUUUUUUCCUUUGAGUGGGUCCUGACAGGACUCAUGACUACGAGAACCAGCUGGUCUGGAUCGGUCCACGUGACCGUGAGCAGUGUCCACACAAAGCCCCUGCAAACCAAGCAUUGUACAAAUGUUCUAUCACUGUUCCCAGAUGUCCAAAGCUAACAAAAGUCCACAUAUGAAAUAUAUUCUACAAAAAGAAAAUCAAUAUUUAUUUUUAAUAAGAAAUAAUAGUGAAAUAUAUAUAUAUAAAUGAUUUAAAAUGUGCCUGGUUGUAAGGCCUGUCUUCUCAGCUGUGACAAAGACUCUGGACCACACUGUGUGUUGAAUAAUCUAAUCAUGAGAGAACCUUUUUGAAAUUAGGGUCUAACAAAACCUCCCCACAUCACCGUAUAUGCUACCUGUAUCAUGUGUUUUUGUUAUAUUUUAAAAGAAUCUCACCUUUGCUGUUUUGUGAAACGUGAUAGUAUACAUUUGCUGAAUCGGACCACAGGGCCAAAUCAACGCUUCGUGAGUGAAUCAAAAGGCACCCUUUGAUCAAAUGUGCAGGAUAUUUCCACAGUUUGAGGUUAUUUUCAUGAUGGUUAUGUUCAUUUUGUGUUAUCUUACCGUAGGGUGUAAAUAGCCAGUACCAUUGGCUACUUGCUGCCAACGCUGGAUUGGGGGGGCGGGGGGUGGGGGGGGGGGGUCUUUUCAAACUGUCAACGUUUGACCAGGACAUAAUGUAUUAUACUGAGUGUAUAGUGCCAAGGAUGUAUUCUGUGUGAUGAAAUAUAUUCUUUAUUAGGUUACAAAAAAAAGUUUUAAAAAAAAAGAAAAAUAAAAAAAAUCUCACUUGAAA